UUUUCGGCAUCCUAUCUGAAAUGUGUGAAUUGUGGAUAUUUACCUAGACUUUCAGUUUAUCUUUUUGCAUUUAAUACUUCCCUUGUGUAGAGUUUACAUAACAGAUAUCCUUAAAAUAUUCAAUCUAGCAGUGCAAAGGUUGAGAAGUAAUUGUAAAAAAUGUCGCGGCAGACAUUGUCGCGAAGCGACCGCGUCGCACAAAUGACUAAACAAGAAGAACUUAUAGCUAAAAAGCGGCAGGAAAUUCUGGAAAAACAAAAAACGGUGGAGUUGGGAAAAGCGGUGGCAGCGGCUCAAAGCAGUGGUAAUGCAAAUGUUACCAAGAAAAAGGAGCCGACAACCAGCGAGUCAACGACUACGGCUGUAACGAUCACCACAACCACAUCCGUUACAGCAGGUAUCGUACCAUCGGAGAUUAUGGCAAAAUUCCAGAAUAAUUUCUGCAAUGAUGGCUCUUUUUUGACGCAUUUCAAAAAGAUUUUGGAGGAGACCAAGAAAAAUGAAGAAGCUGCAGCGGAAAAAGUAGAGGAAAAGUCUGAAGAACCAGAAGUGGCUGAAUCUGCUGAAACUCUUGCAGAAGCGGUAGUAAUUCAAUCUCCAAUGCCAGCACAACCACAGCAAAUUCAACAAACGUCAUCACAUAUAAGCCUUCCUCCACCUCCACCGCCUCCUCCAGUGACAAGUCACCCGCCACAUAUUCCAGUUGCACCAAAUCCACCAUUCGGCAACAUUUCUCAACCUCUUACCAACAUACCGCCAUAUAACGCUGCACCUACCCCAGCAUUCUACAAUCCAUGCGUACCGCCAAUAGCAGCAUUUACUUCCAUUACAACCCCCCCACCUCCACCACCGCCUUCAACACCACUUUAUCUUAUUCCACCACCAGAUCCUCUUCAACUUAACAAAAUUCCGCCCCCGAAAGAUUUAGAUUUGAAUGCAAUUCCUAAACCAGAAAUGAGUUUGGAGACGAUUAAAGUACCGAAUGAAUAUCAACAUCAGCUGCAACAGGCAUUGCCACCGCUUCAAGUGCAUCAUGAGCUACAGCAAAAAGUUUUUUCAGACUCCAAUGAACAAUUCUUUCCAACAACAUUAGAAUCGUUAGUCGAAUUGGUAGCCGAAAAAGGCGAUGCAUAUGAAGAUCAAAUUCGAUCACGAAAAAAUGACGUACACUCUUCACUGUGGUUUCUAUUCGACAUGGAAUCGAUGGCUUAUAAAAAUUAUCGUAACAUGGUUGAAUCCUAUCGACAGAAUCGAACAGAUUGUCCAAAUCAAAAUCUAGAUCAGAACAGAGAUGACGAUCAGAACGUACUGAAGCAUUCAUCGAACGAUGAAAAAUAUGAUCCAGAAUCUGUUAUUGAAAGUCAUGAUGACUCGGAUGAUGAGUACAUGAAAGAUAUAAUGGGAAAGAACUUGAGUAAUCUGAAACGGAAAAUUGAAGAGUGUAAGGCUGAAAGCGAUGGUAGCGGCGAUGAGCAGAAACAAGACAGGAAUCGAAAACGUAGAAGUCGGUGGGGCGGAAAAGCGGAUGCUGCUGAAACCGCUAUCACGGCGCUUGUCCAAACAACUUUCGCUAAUCAAAAUAAACCAAUUCUAUCUGUUAUUCAGCGAACUGAUCCUGCUCUUCUUCAGUAUGCGCGGAAAAAUUAUGGAUCCAUAAAUCUUAGUGAGGAGGAUUGGCGUAAAUGUGAAGAUCAUUUCAAAAUCAAUCUCUUGUAUCAAGAUAUGAUGCGAAAACGAAAAGAAAUCGAUCAGUUGGCGAAAACUGGCAAAUUUAAAUAUGAAUAUGACUCAGAUGAAGAUACUAGUGGCGGGACAUGGGAACAUAAAUUACGUACAGCUGAAAUGGAAGCAACCAAAGCAUGGGCCGAUGCAUUGACGGCACAAUCGGAAGGAAAACACCACAUUGGUGAUUUUCUUCCACCCGAAGAGCUGAAAAAAUUUAUGGAAAAAUAUGAUGCCAAGAAAAAUAAUCGGACACCAGAUUUGAGUGAUUACAAAGAAUAUAAGCUGACCGAAGAUAAUAUUGGUUUUCAGAUGUUGCAAAAGUUAGGGUGGAAGGAGGGUCAAGGUUUAGGAGCAAGUGGAACUGGGAUAGUUGAUCCAGUCAAUAAAGCACCGCAACGUGAUGCUAAUCAAGGACUUGGCGCAGGAACUCCAUCAGCCCCCGAGGAUUGUGACAAUGAGUACGAAGCUUACAGAAAAAGAAUGAUGCUAGCCUAUCGGUUCCGACCUAAUCCUCUGAAUAAUCCACGGCGUGCGUAUUAUUGAUAAAUAAUAUCCGUAUGAGCAAUUACUGUCCAGAUGAUUGGAAUAUGAUGAAAAUAAAGUGUUAUUGAAAAU